AUGUGGCGUCGACACGGGUUAAGUGCUAAAUGGUUCUUAUCAUCUGCUGCAUCUAUAGCGCCCGACAUCAUUCAGGGCAAAGAGUCAGACAAAGAUCCAAAGAUACAGACUAAUAGUCAAAGAAUCAGAGAAAGAGUAAAAAAAUCAGACAAAGAGUCAGACAAAGAGUCAGACAAAGAGUCAAAGAGUCAGACAAAGAGUCAAAAAAUCAGGCAAAGAGUCAGACAAAGAGUCAAAGAAUCAGUCAAAGAGUCAAAGAGUCAGACAAAGAGUCAAAGAGUCAGACAAAGAGUCAAAGAGUCAGACAAAGAGUCAAAGAAUCAGGCAAAGAGUCAAAGAGUCAGAGAAAGAAUCAGACAAAAGGUUAAAGAGUCAGACAAAGGAUCAAAGGGUCAGACAAAGAAUCAAAGAGUCAAACAAAGAGUCAAAGAAUCAAACAAACAGUCAGAUAAUGAGUCAAAGAAUCAGUCAAAGAGUCAAAGAGUCAGACAAAGAGUCAAAGAGUCAGACAAAGAGUCAAAGAGUCAAAGGAUCAGACAAAGAGUCAAAGAGUCAGACAAAGAGUCAAAGAGUCAGACAAAGAGUCAAAGAGUCAGACAAAGAGUCAAAGAAUCAGGCAAAGAGUCAAAGAGUCAGACAAAGGGUCAAAGGGUCAGACAAAGAAUCAAAGAGUCAAACAAAGAGUCAAAGAGUCAGACAAAGAGUCAAAGAGUCAGACAAAGAGUCAAAGAGUCAAAGUGUCAGACAAAGAGUCAAAGAGUCAGACAAAGAGUCAAAGAGUCAGACAAAGAGUCAAAGAAUCAGGCAAAGAGCCAAAGAGUCAGACAAAGAGUCAAAGAAUCAGGCAAAGAGUCAAAGAGUCAGACAAAGAAUCAGACAAAGGGUCAAAGAGUCAGACAAAGAGUCAAAGAGUCAGACAAAGGGUCAAAGGAUCAGACAAAGAGUCAAAGAGUCAGACAAAGAGUCAAAGAAUUAGAUUAA